GAGGCGUGAUUCGAGGCCGGGAUCUUCACUCUCUCUCCGGACGCGCGCGCGCGAGCAGGGGUCGAUCCUUCGACGUACGGACCAGAGAUCGCGGGAGUAGUGCGCUAGCGUGGUGCAUUAUCGCGUGUCGUCCAGUGCAACCAGGAACCGGAUAUUCGCGAUGUUCUAGGAGGACACGUUCGCUCCUCUGUAAUAUCGUCGAGUGCCCGGUUCAUCCGCUCGUACUCCUCGCGCGUUUAGCCUCUCUCCUCUCUUAGCCUGUUCUCCUCCGCUCCGCUCUAUUUCUCUUACUCUUUAUCUUUAUCUUCUCACGCGAUUCCCCCCGCGAUCCUUUUCUUUUUCUCCGGUGGCUCUCCAGCGUCCCCUCGUUGCCCUCUUUUCUCCUCUCACGUUUCUUUUAUUUAUCUUUCCGCGAGACGGCACUCUGUGUCUUCUCCUCGAUCUCUCCCUCUUCUUUCUUCCCGGCUGCGCCUCUCUCUCUCCGCGUUGUCGCUUCCCUGUCUCUUUUACUUGCCUUUCCGUCUCUCCUCACCCUCUUCUCUCAUCUUUCUCGCUCUCUGUCCGUCUAUCCGCUCUCCUCUUCCACGGCCGAACCCGCGCGUAACCCAGUCACAGUUCAGUCGUGUACUCAUGAUCCGACCGGCGACCAGGUAGUACCGCUGAAUUAUGCGCGACAUGAGCACCAACGCCAUCGUAGUAGUGUUUCACGAGCGUCACGUAAAAUGGAAUUAAACAAUGUUGUUAAGACGUAAACAUGUUUUGGCUACACUGUGGACUCUUUGUUCUCGUGAUUGCCGUACCUGGAUUUAUUAACACCGCCGACAGCACGUCCAAGCGAGAAGCCGACUACACCUUAGAUGACUCCUUCUGGAACGUGGAGAUCUCUGAAGCUGAAGGUGAGGCCGAAAGACUACUGCGCGAGUAUACACAAAAUCAGGAGCUACUAAGAAAAAUCGGGACCCAUUACUAUCAAAUCAUCUAUCCGGUACAGUUACGGCAUCACGAGAAAAUGGGAAUAUCCACGAGAGAAGUCGGCAUGUCGAAGUUUCCUCAAAGAGGAUACGGUGAGAGUGGAUAUCAAAAUUUGCGAGGCAAAACGAGAACAGGGAGACACUUUCAUCGGACGUCCCUUUUGAUCAAGGCCUUUAAUCACAAAUUUCGCCUAGACUUAGAAUUAAAUGGGCCGCAAAUGCCCCUGAGAGGCAAUUUCUACACCGACAAGCGUGCACAUGUGCUCUCCUUGAAGAUGGAGCCAGCGAUACACGGACAGACGGACAAACAGAGAGACAGACAGGAGGGUGAAUCGGAAGGACAUUUCGAUUCAUCGGGCGGGAAAUUGAUUUCAGGUGAGGCCGAAAGACUACUGCGCGAGUAUACACAAAAUCAGGAGCUACUAAGAAAAAUCGGGACCCAUUACUAUCAAAUCAUCUAUCCGGUACAGUUACGGCAUCACGAGAAAAUGGGAAUAUCCACGAGAGAAGUCGGCAUGUCGAAGUUUCCUCAAAGAGGAUACGGUGAGAGUGGAUAUCAAAAUUUGCGAGGCAAAACGAGAACAGGGAGACACUUUCAUCGGACGUCCCUUUUGAUCAAGGCCUUUAAUCACAAAUUUCGCCUAGACUUAGAAUUAAAUGGGCAACUUUUAGCACCAAAUCUUAAGCAAAAAGACUUUUUAGUCGGCGACGCGGAACAAAUUUCUAAACAGGGGAUAGAACACUGUUACUAUCACGGCACCAUCAAGGAUUAUCCAGGGGCCAGCGCUGCCUUUCACACGUGUAACGGUCUCAGCGGUGUCAUUCAUUUAGGCAACGAGACCUUUGUCGUUCAUCCAUUCUAUGGCGGCGAUCUGUCGAAACAUCCUCACGUUAUAUUUGAGGCUCGAUCAAAGGCUAACAAAGGCUGCGCUAACACGAAGAAAAUUGACUGGCGUUCAAAGAACCGUCGAGGGAAGCAUGUUCUGGGCCUAUCGGAGACCACUUCCGAUCGAUACAAGAGAGACAUCCGUGAGGCAAUCAAAUACAUCGAAACUGCCAUCAUUAUCGAUAAGGCUAUGUUCGAGAAGAGGAACGGCAGCACCAGAGCAGAGGUAGUCCACGACGCCAUCCAAGUCGUCAAUAUCGCUGAUUUGUAUUUCCGUACAUUGAACACUAGAGUCUCCGUGACAUACAUCGAAACCUGGCAAGAAAAAAACAAGGCGAACAUUGUUGAAAACAUGGAGAUUGGUACAGCUUUGAAAAUCUUCAACGACUACACAACGAGACAUUUGUACGAUGUCUCGAAGGACACCACCCAGUUGCUCACAGGCAAAUCAUUUUCAAACGACGAAUCGGGGGAUGCGACGUCGUCGACCAUCUGUAAAAAAGAAUCCGUAGGAAUUAGCGUUGAUGUGAAUUCGUACGAGCUACAUUUACUGGCGGGCACCAUGGCUCACAUGAUCGGCCAUAAUAUUGGCAUGAACCACGAUGAUGGAAGAAACGAUUGCGUGUGUGGGGACUGGCACGGGUGCAUCAUGGCUCAAUCAAUCGUCGGCUUAGACAACGUGCAACCGUACAAGUUCUCCGACUGCAGUCGACAGGACUACACGAUGGCGUUGCAGAGCGCCGACGCUCUGUGUCUUAACAAUAAACCAAACCAGGUGGAUUCGAAUCGAUAUUGCGGAAACAGGGUAGUAGACGACGGGGAACAAUGCGACUGCGGACCGAUCGAUGAGUGCAAGGACUUCGAUCCCUGCUGCGAUCCAAUCACCUGCAAUCUCAUCAGGGAGGCGGAGUGCGCGGCAGGGCCAUGUUGCAACAAGUGCAAGUUGGUGCCCUCCGGAGUGGUCUGCCGGAAGGCGACAAACGAAUGCGACCUACCGGAAGUCUGUACGGGUAAGAGUGGCCAAUGCCCAGAGGACGUUUUCAAGAAGAAUGGCAGCCCGUGCUCGGACAACACCGGAUUCUGUUUCAACGGGGUCUGUCCGGCCCUGGAUCUGCAAUGCGAGCAAAUCUGGGGCUACGGUGGCAUCGCAGCUGACAAACACUGCUACGAAUACUACAACUCCAAAGGCUCGUUGAAUGGACACUGUGGCACCGAUUCAUCCGGACACUAUAUCAAAUGCGAACCGAAGAACGUCCACUGUGGCUCGCUGCAUUGUCAGCAAGGCAAGAAGCAGCCAGUAAUCUCCGGGAUGGAUCACGUGCGCAUCAUAAUUUCGCGCCAGAGCAAGGAAUACGAAUGCAAGAUGACCAAUGGUAAAGUUGACGGCUCGGAGGUGCCCAGCAUGGGGCUGGUUCGCGACGGAACAUCCUGCGGAAAUAAUUCGGUCUGUGUAAACCAAACAUGCACGAGUCACUUUCCGCUGAUAGGCAAAGAAACAUGUCCUAGUAAUCACAACAACAACGAGUGCUCGGGCAAGGGCGUUUGCACGAACAUAAAUACGUGCUACUGCGAGCGUGGAUGGGGUGGUCCAGAUUGCUCCAUACAGGAAGAGAUCCCCACACUUCCACCCACGGUUACCGUCAAUGGACCAGUUGGUAAAAGUAAUACAAGUGGUAAAAUGGGGCCGAAAGAGACCCCCUACGAGAACUACCACGGCUCUAACACUGUAUAUUUAGUUCUUGUGCUCAUGUCGGUGGUAGGGGGUGUUUUCGUAGUAUUUACUCUGAUGGCUCUCUGCUACAGGUCAGUCGUAGUACAUAAAAACUACUCCCUCUGUCUCAGAAGGAAGAGCACCGUCCAGAAAUACGAUCUGCCGUACGUGAAGAAAACGCCGCCGAAAAGCUACACCACUGUUUCGAAGGACCGCCAUCCGGAACACGAAGUGCUGGACACCAUCAACUCUGACAUCCUCGAUUUCAACAGUAUGCCUAAUUACAGCCGCCCCGAGACCCAGCGCGUGGUGUUUCACCCGAAUAACGUCGCCACCACAGACGAGCCAAGAUUCAAGGAGCAUAAGCCGAUGAGGACGCCUGGCAUAAACGAGGAUGAAGGCGGCACAGGAGGGGAGGAUGUUGUCUCUUUCAUUGAUCUGCAAAUGAACAAGCCGAGGAAGAAAGGAAUUCUAAAAACACAACCUGGUUACGAAGGAGGUGCUGUGGUGAACCUGGAACGCACUCUGGACCGGUUGAACGGCUACCACGAAAACAUCAUGGAGGCCCUGAGAAAUGCGAAGACCCGGCAAGAGCUAUCCGGAACAAGUACCGCCAGCGGAAACCUGGUGACCGACCAGAUCUCGCGCAAAACUCUAUCGGAAUGCGAGUAUCCGACCCCCUGCCACAAUGAUAUGGACGGUCAUGACGAUAGCGGCAAUCAGGAUGGCGAUGAUGGCAGAGGGGAGGGCAGCUGCAGUAUACUACGCAUCCGCAAUCUGGAGGAUUUAAUCAAGCAGUUGGAGCGUCACUCGUCCCGCCAGAUUAACUUGAGUCCCUGCGGCUCCGAGGAAAUGCGGAUAUCCGAGAGCGAGGCCGAUCGUCACUACAGGAUAGAUUCGUCCGUUUGUAGCGAGUCCUCCCAAGGAAGCAGAAGGUGUAGCCGCGCCCGCGACGAUACCUAUGGUCGGUGCCGUCAGCCGUCGUCUCGAAGUCCUUACGGCACCCACCAGCACUCUCAACACUCCCAUCAAAUGCAAGUGGAGGAGGGUAUCUAUGAAACUGCCGACCCUGACAGAGGCUCAAAUGCUAGGGGUGAAACGCCCGAUAGUGAAAGUGAUGCAUUUAUUCAAGCUCAACAACAACUAGCCCGAUGGACUAGUGAGGACGGAGUGCAGCACCGACCACCGCAGCAGCCGCCACCUCCACUGCCACCUGCAAUGACUGGUGGUGGUACGAUGCAGUUGUUGCAGCCACUCCAUGGCCAAUGCGAACACCACCAACAGUUGCAGCACCAGCAACGUCAUCACCAUCACCAUCAUGCACAGCCAUUGCAGCCGCAGCAGCAGCCGCAGCAGUCGUCACUACAGCAUCAACACCAACUGCCGGUGGAACAACUGCCAAUACAGCAGCGUGGCUAUUAUCCAUCCCCACCCCAUACCGACAACAAUGGUCUCGACAAUGACGAGACUGAAAAUGCUCAAUCCCAUCAACAACAAAAGCUCCUCCCCGACGUUCGUGGAAUCGAUGUUAAUCACUUGCCUAAUAUUAACAAAUGCCCACUAGACGAUACAUUUAGUCUAGAUUGUAACAUAAAUAAUGGUUCCCCUAAAGAAUUAAAUACCAACAACACUAGUGAUAACGAAAAUACUGCCCUACUGCCCCCUUCGCAUUUUCCCGAGUACAAGCAUUGAUAAUUAUUAAUCGAUGACAGAUAGUGUCCAUAAAACAUAGUGGUGUGAUUUAAUCUUGAACUCGCAUUUUAUACUGAAUAGUGUAAAUAUAACGAUAAACUUAUUCGAUCGCGACAGCGCAAGAGCAACAACAAGAAAACAACAACAGCAGACAGGUAUUAAAUUAUAAUGAAUUAAAAUAAUCUAUAUGAAAUGUUUAUUAAUAAACAUUAGUAAAGCGAUUUACUCAAAGAUA